CUGCUGACGACGACGACGUUCCCUUUGUCCUCUCUUUUACGUUUUUACCCUUUUUUUCUCCCGGGGUCCAGCUUCCCGCGGCACGCAGAUAGACGGAACUCGAGGCCCACCAGCAGUCCCGCACUCGGAGCUUGGAGAGUGGGUACGUGCUUUGCGUUUCCUUUGAUGCUCGCCAUCACCAGGACCCUUGCGCGAAGAGGGACGCGCAACGCCACCGCUUCAUUCGUUUCUGCUCCUCGUGGCUCCCCAUUCUCUUCUUCCGCUCCUUUGACAACCCGGGCUCUGACGAGACCCCUUCAAUCUCAUCUUCCGUCCUCGAGAUUAGCUAGAAUGUCGGCGUCGACUGGCAGCACCUCGCGGUCUUUGGCCACAGUCGCUCCGUCGACAACAAAUGCUCAUACGGCGGCGCUCAAUCCUCUCGAGGCACUCCCCCAGGGCUACCAGGUCAAGACGACGAUUGGCGAUGCGCCCAGCGCGUCGCCCUACGCCGUCUUCGACAAGCCCCUAGAGACCUCACUCCUCGACGAUCGCGCCUACCGCCUGAUUCGUCUGCAGAACGGCCUCGAGGCGCUGCUGAUUCACGAUGCCGAGACAGACAAGUCGAGCGCGGCCAUGGACGUGCGCGUGGGCCACCUCUCGGACCCAGAGGAGCUCCAGGGCCUGGCUCACUUCUGCGAGCACCUCCUCUUCAUGGGCACCGAAAAGUACCCACGGGAGAACGAGUACAGCGAAUACCUCUCGCACCACUCUGGAAGCUCAAACGCAUAUACGGGGCUCGAGAACACCAAUUACUUUUUUGAUGUUGGACACGCCCACCUCGAGGGCGCACUUGACCGUUUUGCGCAAUUCUUCCUCCAGCCGCUGUUCGACCCCAGCUGCUCGGAGCGAGAAAUCCGGGCGGUGGACUCGGAGCACAAGAAGAACCUGCAGAGCGAUGCGUGGAGGGCUUUCCAGUUGGAGAAGAGCCUCAGCGAUCCCAAGCAUCCCUACAGCCACUUUGGCACGGGCAAUGCAAAGACGCUGUGGGACGACCCAAAGGCCAGGGGUGUCGAUGUCCGCGACGAGCUCCUCAAAUUCCACGAUCGGUACUACAGCGCCAAUGUCAUGAAGCUUGUCGUCCUGGGCAGGGAGUCGCUCGAUGAGCUCACCCGCUCGGUCGUCGACAAGUUCUCGGGCGUGCGCAACAAGGGUCUCGCUGCGCCCACAUUCCCUUCAUCGCCCCUGGGCGAGGAGCAGCUGCAAACCCAGGUGUUUUUCCGCACCGUCAAGGACAUUCGUCUUCUCGACGUCACCUUUCCCAUUCCCGACCAGUCGCCGCAAUUCCGCUCAAAGCCUGGCCAGAUCCUCUCGCAUUUCAUCGGCCAUGAGGGCCAAGGUUCGAUCCUCUCCUACCUCAAGGCCAAGCGAUGGGCGAACCAUUUGAGUGCGGGAGCGACAAACGGUGCAGACGGCUUUGAAUUUUUCAAGAUCUCCGUGGACCUGACGCAGGAGGGCCUGGCAAACUACGAAAAGGUCGUGGCGGCCAUCUUCCGAUACAUUGAGCUCCUCAAGAGCCAGCAGAUCCCCGAGUGGUCUUUCAAGGAGGUUCAGCAGCUGUGCGAACUCGCCUUUCGCUUCAAGGAAAAGACGCCACCGUCAUCGUAUGCAUCGGGCUUGUCAUCGCAGAUGCAGCUUCCCUACCCGCGUGAUUGGAUCCUCUCUGGGCCGUAUCUCACGCGCGACUUUGAUCUCGACCUGAUCCGGAGCACUGCCGCUUGUCUCCGGCCGGAGAAUUGCAGAGUUUCGAUUGCGGCACAGCAGUUGCCCGACGGAAGUCAGGCGUGGGAUCUGCGCGAGCGAUGGUAUGGGACCGAGUACAAGAUCGGACCCAUCCCACGGCAGGUCAUCGAGGACGCAAAGCGAGCCGACGCGGCGGCCUUUGAGGGCAUGGCUCUUCCCAAGCCCAAUGACUUCAUCCCGUCGACGUUCGAGGUCCAGGGUAAGCCUGACCGUGCCCUCGACAGGAUCAAGCCGACGAAGCGGCCCAUGCUGGCCCACAAGAGCGACCUCUCGAUGCUGUGGCACAAGAAGGAUGACAACUUCUUUUUGCCAAAGGCAAACGUCUUCCUCCUCAUCCGAAGCCCUCUUAUUGAUGCGACGCCCAGCAACGCCGUCAAGUGCCGCAUCUUUGCCGAGCUGGUCAAAGAUGCUCUGACAGAGUACUCUUACGACGCCGAGCUCGCUGGUCUUGGCUACAACAUUGAGUCUCAGGCCGACGGUAUCGGCUUGGCAGUCGAUGGCUACAAUGACAAGCUCGCUGUCCUGUGUCGGUAUGUCCUGGAGGCGGUGGCCAAAUUCAAGGUGGACCCGCGCCGAUUCGACAUCAUCAAGGACCAGGUUAAGCGCGCCUACCAGAACUUCCAGCUCGAGUCUCCCUACCAGCAUGCAAACUACUACAUGACCUACGUCACUGUCGAGCGCAUGUGGACGGCCCAAGACAAGCUCAAGGAGCUUGACGAGCUCGAGGCUGACGAUGUGCAACGAUUCUUGCCCGACCUGCUCGGCAGGAUGCACCUCGAGAUGCUUGUCCACGGCAAUCUCUCGCGGACCGAGGCAAAGGACCUCCUCAAGAUGGCCGAGGACAUUCUCAAGCCAAAGGCCCUCGCACCCGCUGAGCUCAUCUCUCACCGCUCUCUCCUCCUCCCGCCUGGAUCCAACCACUCGCUCACGGUGCCCGUGCCCAACGACAAGAAUGUAAACUCAUCGAUCGAGCACUACUGCCAGAUUGGCGACCCGACCGACGUGCCACUGCGAGCAACGCUCUCAAUGCUUGCACAGAUAGCCAGCGAGCCUGUGUUUGACCAGCUGCGGACAAAGGAGCAGCUCGGCUAUCUAGUCUUUAGCUCCGUCCGCAAGACGAUCGGCUCGAUGGGUUUCCGUAUCUUGGUGCAGUCUGAGCGAGAGUCGGCUUACCUCGAGUCGCGCAUCGAAGAGUUCUACCGGACGACGUUCAGCGACCUGCUUCGCAAUAUGUCGGAGCAGGACUUUUUGGACCAGCGCGAGUCGCUCAUCCAAAAGAAGCUCGAGGUCGUCAAGAACUUGGGCGAGGAGAGCAGCAGAUACUGGUUCCACAUUCACUCGGGCUACUACGACUUUUUGCAGCGCGACGUCGAUGUCGAUGCCCUUCGCCGUGUGACCAAGGAGGACGUCGUGAGGGUGUUUGAGCAGUUUAUCCACCCCGAAAAGGCCCGCGAGAGGGCAAAGGUGUGCGUGCAUGUGCAGUCGCAAGUCAAGCAGGCUCGCUUCAGCGCCGAGGCGACGGACGCACUCGCACAGACUUACAGGAACAACGGCUUGGGCGCCGUGCUCGAGUCCGACGAGGUGAAGCAGGCCGUCGAGGUUAUGCGGGCGCAGCAGCCGUUGGUGGCUGUCGUCAAGGAGUCGACUGAGGCGCUGCUCAAGAGCUCGGGCGCAUCCGAGCAAGUCGCUGGAAAGAUCAUCAAGGCCGUCGACGACCUCGCAAAAGCGCACCCCGUCCGAGACUCGGAUGUGCUGGAAAGCGCAGGGCCAAAGGCGGAGGUGAUUGACGAUGUGAUCCGGUUCAAGGCCGGUCUGACGCCAAGCAAGGCGGCCCAGCCCAUGCGGUCGUGGAAGGAGUACAUGGAGGAGCCGACGUCGGGCGAGAUGCCAAGCAAAUCGGCGCCCCAGGUCACGCCGAAGCCGGUCUCGGCCAAUUUGUAGAUCUUAGAUUGCAUCUUCUCGCCGCUUUGUCUUGUUCCGUACCAUGUAGAGUUGCACAAUCGUAUUGACAUGUUCUCCCGUG